CAGUUGAACAACAAUGAUCGCACAUUUGCGUUGUGUUCUGUUUUUUCUAACUGUACACUUUACUACAAUUCAAUGCGAGUUAACACCGAAUGAUGUAAAGAGAGUGUUACAACAGUGUCAGACGAACCUCAACACGUCACAUGAGUUAGACAAGAACGACAAGCUUCUGCUAGCGAACUGGACGGCGGAGUUCCAGAUGAAGCAGGUCAAUAUAACGUCACACUACAGACUCGAAAUGACGCGACACAGAGAGCAUAACUUCAAGAAAGUCAAUUUGAACACCAAGUGGAAGGAAUGUUUAAGAUUACAUAAUAAAGAAAUUAGAAAUUCCAAGCGCUCCUACUUCGAAAGAGAAGCGGAAUGCCUCAAGGCAGCGAACUCUGCUGACAGAGAUAGAACAAAAGCUGUUAACCAAGUGGGAAAAGAGAUAAAGAAAUGGCGUAAGAGUUACAAAUAUUUGUCAAACUUAUGUGACGUUGAUAAUCCAGGAGACAAAGAGAGUGCUGAUCGAUGUCUGGCUGAAUAUAUGAGGAGGGACAACUACGAUUCCACAUUUGAGAGACUGAUACUUCUGAAGUUAGACACAAUGUCAGAUCUUUUGGAUCAAAUGAACAAAUGCCUUAAUGAACUAGAAGAUUGUUUGAGGUCGAGUUUUUCAGACAAUUUACAGAACAUCAGAACAGUCAUGAAGACUUUAGGACAAUGUUACAAUAGGAAUAGAGAAAGUAAUAAAUAA